AUGCCCCAGCAACAGCGGGCGCCCUCUCGACCAAUCAGCUGCCAGCGCAACCCGCAGCGCGAGGCAGGUGUUCAACGUUUCUUCACAGGACGGGAGAUCUUUCUUCACGACGAGAAGCAGCUUUCUGAGAGGCGACGCAUUCCACGCUGCGGCUCAAACAAGUCUCUAACAAACAAAUCAAGGCCAAAUUUAAAAGGUCUCCUGGCAACAACUCCAACUCAUGUUACCUCUCCUACCGCUGGCAAGCCAAAGCCUGUCCUGACCCAGAAGCCUGCAGGAGAGAUAUCUGAAGGAUACACAGUGACUCUGAGCUGUGUGGUUGAGGGGGACUCUGAUGGCUGGAGAUAUCUCUGGUACAAAGACAGUCAGGGAACUCCAGCACCCCAGACUGACAGCAGCAGUGGAACUGGAGCCGGAUACACAAUCAGUCCUGCUGCUCUGUCCCACAGUGGAGAGUACUGGUGUCGAGCUGAAAGAGGGAGCAAACCAUUUGACUCAGACUACAGCAGUGCUGUCAGUGUACAAGUAUCAGAGUUGUUUACCAGCCCUGCUCUGACAGUGAUGCCUGGUGUCUCAGUGUGGGAGGGAGAGACUGUGACUCUAAAAUGUGGGGUUAAGACAAAUAAACAGGGUGCACUGCUGCAGUACCGCUAUAGCAAAGAAAAUCGGAAUGUGAGAGAAGCUAGAUCACGGAAUCCAUACUCAAUCCCAGCGGCAGAGCUGAGCGACACAGGGAGCUACCAGUGUGAGGUGGAGGCAGCAGGGACGGGGGUGAAGAAAAAGAGUGAUUCUGUGUCACUGACUGUGAAAGAGUUGUUUACCAGCCCUGCUCUGACAGUGAUGCCUGGUGUCUCAGUGUGGGAGGGAGAGACUGUGACUCUAAAAUGUGGGGUUAAGACAAAUAAACAGGGUGCACUGCUGCAGUACCGCUAUAGCAAAGAAAAUCGGAAUGUGAGAGAAGCUAGAUCACGGAAUCCAUACUCAAUCCCAGCGGCAGAGCUGAGCGACACAGGGAGCUACCAGUGUGAGGUGGAGGCAGCAGGGACGGGGGUGAAGAAAAAGAGUGAUUCUGUGUCACUGACUGUGAAAGAGUUGUUUACCAGCCCUGCUCUGACAGUGAUGCCUGGUGUCUCAGUGUGGGAGGGAGAGACUGUGACUCUAAAAUGUGGGGUUAAGACAAAUAAACAGGGUGCACUGCUGCAGUACCGCUAUAGCAAAGAAAAUCGGAAUGUGAGAGAAGCUAGAUCACGGAAUCCAUACUCAAUCCCAGCGGCAGAGCUGAGCGACACAGGGAGCUACCAGUGUGAGGUGGAGGCAGCAGGGACGGGGGUGAAGAAAAAGAGUGAUUCUGUGUCACUGACUGUGAAAGAGUUGUUUACCAGCCCUGCUCUGACAGUGAAGCCUCGUGCCUCAGUGUGGGAGGGAGAGACUGUGACUCUGCAGUGUGGGGCUCAGAUAUAUAAACAGGGCACACAACUACAGUACCGCUAUAUCAAAGACAAUGGGGAUCUGAGUGGAGCUCGAUCACGGGAUCCAUACUCAAUCCCAGCGGCAGAGCUGAGAGACACAGGGAGCUACCAGUGUGAGGUGCAGGCAGCAGGGACGGGGCUGAAGAAAAGGAGUGAUUAUGUGUGGCUUUCUGUGAAAGAGCUGUUUACCACACCCAGUCUGACAUUCACCCCUGUGAGUCCAGUGUGGGAGGGAGAGGCUGUGACUCUGCAGUGUGGGGCUCAGAUAUAUAAACAGGGCACACAGCUGCAGUACCGCUAUAUCAAAGACAAUGGGAAUCUGAGUGGAGCUGGAUCACAGGAUCAGUACUCAAUCCCAGUGGCAGGGCUGAGAGACACAGGGAGCUACCAGUGUGAGGUGGAGGCAGCAGGGACGGGGCUGAAGAAAAAGAGUGAUUCUGUGUCACUGACUGUGAAAGAGCUGCCCCAGCCUACAAUCACCCUGAAGCCUCCAUUCCCAGAGAUAUUCACCGGGGAGACAGUCACUCUGAGGUGUGGGGUUGAGGGGGGUUCUGCUGGCUGGAAAUAUCUCUGGUACAAAGACAAUGAGGACACUCCAGUGCUCCAGACUGCUGGACGCAGUAUAACUGGUGACAGCUACACAAUCACUGCAGCCGCUGUAUCUGACCAGGGCCAGUACUGGUGUCGAGGACAGAGAGGAGAUCAGCCACUCUACUCACAGCUCAGCGAUCCAGAGAUAUUAAAUAUAACUGAUGUUCGUCCCAAGGCUGUCCUGACCCUGCAUCCUGCCUGGACACAGAUAUUCACAGGAGAGACAGUCACCCUGAGCUGUGAGGUGGGGGGCUCUGCUGGCUGGGGGUUUAAACAGUACAGAGAUGGACGUGAAGAGGCAGGGUGCAGUGAUCAAUACAGGAGGAGAGAUGGGGACAGCUGCACAAUCAGUAACGCUCAGCAUUACCACAGUGGAGUGUACUGGUGUGAGUCUACAUCAGGACAGGAGCGCAGUAAUGCUGUCACCUUAACUGUGUCCAAUGAAUGGGUGAUCCUGCAGACUCCCCCCCAGCCUGUGAUUGAGGGAGAUGCUCUGACUCUGAGGUGUCGUGUCCGCUAUAAUUAUCAUAUUACCAAGGUUGUCUUUUAUAAAGAUAAUAAAGAGUUACAGUCCCAGGCUGACACAGAGCUGAGUGUGAAUCGUGUUUCAAAGAGUGACGAGGGGUCCUACAAGUGCAGAGCGCGGUGGUGGAGCUCCUACCAUUACUCUGAGGGAUAUGCAGAGGUGCGGGUGUCAGUGAGAGGGCUGCCCCAGACUACACUCACCCUGGAGCCUCCAUUCCCAGAGAUAUUCACCGGGGACACAUUCACUUUGAGGUGUGGGGUUAAGGGGGGUUCUGCUGGCUGGAAAUAUCUCUGGUACAAAGACAGUGAGGUCACUCCAAUGCUCCAGACUGCUGGCCGCAGUAUAACUGGUGACAGCUACACAAUCACUGCAGCUGCUGUAUCUGACCAGGGCCAGUACUGCUGUCGAGGACAAAGAGGAGAUCAGCCACUCUACUCACAGCUCAGUGAUAAAGUAAUAUUAACUGUGUCUGAGUUGUUUACCAGCCCUGCUCUGACAGUGAUACCUGAUGCCUCAGUGUGGGAGGGAGAGACUGUGACUCUGCAGUGUGGGGCUCAGAUAAAUAAACAAGGCACCCAGCUGCAGUACCACUAUAUCAAAGACAACGGGAAUCUGAGAGGAGCUGGAUCACGGGAUCCAUACUCAAUCCCAGCGGCACAGCUGAGAGACACAGGGAGCUACCAGUGUGAAGUGGAGGCAGCAGGGACUGGGGUGAAGAAAAUCAGUGAUUCUGUGUCACUGACUGUGAAAGAACGACCCCAGGCUGUCCUGACCCAGGAGCCUGCAUGGACACAGAUAUACGAAUCAGAGAGCGUGACACUGAGAUGUGAGGUUCAGGGGGAUUACACUGACUGGAGAUUCACAUGGUACAAAGCUAGGAGGAAUGCUCCAGUAACCCAGUAUUACUACAGCAGGAUAGAUGACAAAUAUACAAUUAGCUCUGCUACUCAAUACCACAGUGGAGAAUAUACCUGUAAAGGUGAAAGGACAGAUAACCCAUCGUACUCUAAAACAAGCAAUGCUCUUACACUGAGAGUAUCAGAACGACCCCAGGCUGUCCUGACCCAGGAGCCUGCAUGGACACAGAUAUACGAAUCAGAGAGAGUGACACUGAGAUGUCAGAUUCCGGGGGAUUACACUGACUGGAGAUUCACAUGGUACAAAGCUAGGAGGAAUGCUCCAGUAACCCAGGAUUCCUACAGCAGUAUAGAUGGUGACAGAUACACAAUUAGCUAUGCUACUAGAGACCACAGUGGAGAAUAUACCUGUAAAGGUGAAAGGACAGGUAACCCAUCGUACUCUAAAACAAGCGAUGCUCUUACACUGAGAGUAUCAGAACGACCCCAGGCUGUCCUGACCCAGGAGCCUGCAUGGACACAGAUAUACAAAUCAGAGAGAGUCACACUGAGAUGUCAGGUUCAGGGGGAUUACACUGGCUGGAGAUUCUCAUGGUACAAAGCUAGGAGGAAUGCUCCAGUAACCCAGGAUUCCUACAGCAGUAUAGAUGGUGACAGAUACACAAUUAGCUAUGCUACUAAAGACCACAGUGGAGAAUAUACCUGUAAAGGUGAAAGGACAGGUAACCCAUCGUACUCUAAAACAAGCGAUGGUCUUACACUGAGAGUAUCAGCUGGAAAGCCAAAGUCUGUCCUGACCCAGGAGCCUGCAGGAGAGAUAUCUGAAGGAGACAAAGUCACUCUGAGCUGUGUGGUUGAGGGGGGCUCUGGUGGCUGGAGAUAUCUCUGGUACAAAGGCAGUCAGUACAGCACUCCAUUGCACCAGACUGACAGCAGCAGUGGAACUGGAGCCGGAUACACAAUCAGUCCUGCUGCUCUGUCCCACAGCGGAUAUUACCUGUGUCGAGCUGAAAGAGGGAGCAACCCAUUUAACUCAGACUACAGCAGUGCUGUCAAGAUACAAGUAUCAGAACGACCAAAGGCUGUCCUGACCCAGGAGCCUGCAUGGACACAGAUAUUCAAAUCAGAGAGCGUUACACUGAGAUGUGAGGUUCAGGGGGAUUACACUGACUGGAGAUUCACAUGGUACAAAGAUGGGAGGAAUGCUCCAGUAACCCAGAAUUCCUACAGCAGUAUAGAUGGUGACAGAUACACAAUUAGCUCUGCUACUAAAGGCCACAGUGGAGAAUAUACCUGUAAAGGUGAAAGGACAGGUAACCCAUCGUACUCUAAAACAAGCGAUGCUCUUACACUGAGAGUAUCAGCUGGCAAGCCAAAGCCUGUCCUGACCCAGGAGCCUGCAGGAGAGAUAUUUGAAGGAGACACAGUGACUCUGAGCUGUGUGGUUGAGGGGGGCUCUGAUGGCUGGAGAUAUCUCUGGUACAAAGACAAGCAGUACAGCACUCCAGUGUACCAGACUAACAGCAGCAGUGGAACUGGAGCCGGAUACACAAUCAGUGCUGCUACUCUGUCCCACAGUGGAGAGUACUGGUGUCGAGCUGAAAGAGGGAGAAACCCAUUUAACUCAGACUACAGCAAUGCUGUCAAUAUACAAGUAUCAGAGGUUCAUCCCAAGGCUGUCCUGACCCUGCAUCCUGCCUGGACACAGAUAUUCCCAGCAGAUACAGUCACCCUGAGGUGUGAGGUGGAGGGGGGAUCUGCUGGCUGGGGGUUUAAACAGUACAGAGAUGGACGUGAAGAGGCAGGGUGCAGUGAUCAAUACAGCAGGAGAUAUGGGGACAGCUGCACAAUCAGUACCGCUCAGUAUAACCACAGUGGAGUGUACUGGUGUGAGUCUGCAUCAGGACAGGAGCGCAGUAAUGCUGUCAACCUAACUGUGUCCAAUGAAGACGUGAUCCUGCAGACGCCCCCCCAGCCUGUGAUUGAGGGAGACUCUCUGACUCUGAGGUGUCGUGUCCGCACAAAUUAUACAUUUACCAGGAUUGUCUUUUUUAAAGAUAAUGAAGAGAUUCAGUCCCAGAAUAACACAGAGCUGAGUGUGGAUCGUGUUUCAAAGAGUGACGAGGGGUCCUACAAGUGCAGAGCGAUGUGGAACUCCUCAACUUACUCUGGUGACUCUGCAGAGGUGCGGGUGUCAGUGAGAGAGCUGUUCUCCUGGGUGACUCUGACAGCCUCUCCAGGAGCCACAGUGAAGGAGGGAGAGGCUCUUAACCUGACCUGUGAGGCAGCAGUGAACAAAACCCCCCGCCCUCAACUCCACUACACCAUUGUGAGAGACGGGGAGCCUGUGACUAACAGCACUGACUCUGCACUGUACAGCAUAGCCAGCACUGAGAAGAGCCACACUGGGAGCUACACGUGUGCUGUGGAGUCACAGGGAGUGAAGAAGAGCAGCCAGGAGCUACACAUUGAAGUGGAAAUGCUGACCACAGUGGCGUGCUUUGGACAGGAAACAGAUAAACGUGAUGGCAAGAAUGGGGCAGAAGAUGCACAACAUCAGGCUGAUGGCAUUAAUGGGAAGCAAGAUGAGGAACAUCGGGAUCUCCCGGCAACAACAACUUCCCCUCCUACCACUGGCAAGCCAAAGCCUGUCCUGACCCGGAAGCCUGCAGGAGAGAUAUCUGAAGGAUACACAGUGACUCUGAGCUGUGUGGUUGAGGGGGACUCUGAUGGCUGGAGAUAUCUCUGGUACAAAGACAGUCAGGGAACUCUAGCACCCCAGACUGACAGCAGCAGUGGAACUGGAGCCGGAUACACAAUCAGUCCUGCUGCUCUGUCCCACAGUGGAGAGUACUGGUGUCGAGCUGAAAGAGGGAGCAAACCAUUUGACUCAGACUACAGCAGUGCUGUCAGUGUACAAGUAUCAGAGUUGUUUACCAGCCCUGCUCUGACAGUGAUGCCUGAUGCCUCAGUGUGGGAGGGAGAGACUGUGACUCUGCAGUGUGGGGCUCAGAUAAAUAAACAGGGCACCCAGCUGCAGUACCACUAUAUCAAAGACAACGGGAAUCUGAGAGGAGCUGGAUCACGGGAUCCAUACUCAAUCCCAGCGGCACAGCUGAGAGACACAGGGAGCUACCAGUGUGAAGUGGAGGCAGCAGGGACUGGGGUGAAGAAAAUGAGUGAUAUUGUGUCACUGACUGUGAAAGAGCUGCCAAAGGCUGUGCUGACCAGCAGUCCUCAAUGGAGAAACCUGUACACUGGAGAGACUGUCACCCUGAGCUGUGGGGUUGAGGGGAGUUUCACUGGCUGGGAAUAUCUCUGGUACAAGAGCAGUCAGAGAGGCACAGAGAAGAUCAGAGGCACCACUGGAGCCAGAUACACACUCAGCCCUGUCACUCAGUCCCAUAGUGGAGAGUACCAGUGUGAGGCACAAAGAGGAGAUCGACCACGUUCCUCUCAGGGCAGUGAUUCUGUUACACUGACUGUGUCAGAGCUGCCAAAGGCUGUGCUGACCAGCAGUCCUCAAUGGAGAAACCUGUACACUGGAGAGACUGUCACCCUGAGCUGUGGGGUUGAGGGGAGUUUCACUGGCUGGGAAUAUCUCUGGUACAAGAGCAGUCAGAGAGGCACAGAGAAGAUCAGAGGCACCACUGGAGCCAGAUACACACUCAGCCCUGUCACUCAGUCCCAUAGUGGACAGUACCAGUGUGAGGCACAAAGAGGAGAUCGACCACGUUCCUCUCAGGGCAGUGAUUCUGUUACACUGACUGUGUCAGAGCUGCCAAAGGCUGUGCUGACCAGCAGUCCUCAAUGGAGAAACCUGUACACUGGAGAGACUGUCACCCUGAGCUGUGGGGUUGAGGGGAGUUUCACUGGCUGGGAAUAUCUCUGGUACAAGAGCAGUCAGAGAGGCACAGAGAAGAUCAGAGGCACCACUGGAGCCAGAUACACACUCAGCCCUGUCACUCAGUCCCAUAGUGGACAGUACCAGUGUGAGGCACAAAGAGGAGAUCGACCACGUUCCUCUCAGGGCAGUGAUUCUGUUACACUGACUGUGUCAGAGCUGCCAAAGGUUGUGCUGACCAGCAGUCCUCAAUGGAGAAACCUGUACACUGGAGAGACUGUCACCCUGAAAUGUGGGGUUCAGGGGAGUUUCACUGGAUGGCGAUAUCUCUGGUACAAGAGCAGUCAGGGAGGCACAGUGAAGAUUAGAGACACCACUGGAGCCAGUUUCACACUCAGCCCUGUCACUCAGUCUCAUAGUGGACAGUAUCUGUGUGAGGCACAAAGAGGAGAUCGACCACGUUCCUCUCAGCGCAGUGAUUCUGUUACACUGACUGUGUCUGCUGGCAAGCCAAAGCCUGUCCUGAACCGGGAGCCUGCAAGAGAGAUAUUUGAAGGAGACACAGUGACUCUGAGCUGUGUGGUUGAGGGGGGCUCUGAUGGCUGGAGAUAUCUCUGGCACAAAGGCAGUCAGUACAGCACUCCAGUGUACCAGACUGACAGCAGCAGUGGAACUGGAGCCGGAUACACAAUCAGUGCUGCUGCUCUGUCCCACAGUGGAGAGUACUGGUGUCGAGCUGGACGGAGCAGGAACACGUUUUACUCACAAUACAGCAGUGCUGUCAAUAUACAAGUAUCAGAACAACCCCAGGCUGUCCUGACCCAGGAGCCUGCAUGGACACAGAUAUACAAAUCAGAGAGCGUGACACUGAGAUGUCAGGUUCAGGGGGAUUACACUGACUGGAGAUUCACAUGGUACAAAGCUGGGAGGAAUGCUCCAGUAACCCAGGAUUCCUACAGCAGUAUAGAUGGCGACAGCUACACAAUUAGCUCUGCUACUAGAGACCACAGUGGGGAAUAUACCUGUAAAGGUGAAAGGACAGGUAACCCAUCGUACUCUAAAACAAGCGAUGCUCUUACACUGAGAGUAUCAGCUAGCAAGCCAAAGCCUGUCCUGACCCGGGAGCCUGCAGGAGAGAUAUUUGAAGGAGACACAGUCACCCUGAGCUGUGUGGUUGAGGGGGGCUCUGAUGGCUGGAGAUAUCUCUGGUACAAAGACAGGCAGGGAGCUCCAGUGUACCAGACUGACAGCAGCAGUGGAACUGGAGUCGGAUACACAAUCAGUGCUGCUGCUCUAUCCCAGAGUACCGGUGGAGAGUACCGGUGUCUAGCUGGACGGGGUAGCAAACCGUUUAACUCAGACUACAGCAAUGCUGUCAAGAUAAAAGUUUCAGAGCUGUUCAGCACACCCACUCUGACAGUGACGCCUCAUGCCUCAGUGUGGGAGGGAGAGGCUGUGACUCUGCAGUGUGGGGCUCAGAUAAAUAAACAGGGUACACAACUGCAGAACCGCUAUAUCACAGUCAAUGGAGAUCAGAGAGGAGCUGGAUCACAGGAUCAGUACUCAAUCCCAGCGGCAGGGCUGAGAGACACAGGGAGCUACCAGUGUGAGGUGGAGGCAGCAGGGACGGGGGUGAAGAAAAGAAGUGAUUCUGUGUGGCUUUCUGUGAGAGCUGGCAAGCCAAAGCCUGUCCUGACCCGGGAGCCUGCAAGAGAGAUAUUUGAAGGAGACACAGUGACUCUGAGCUGUGUGGUUGAGGGGAGCUCUGAUGGCUGGAGAUAUCUCUGGUACAAAGACAGGCAGUACAGCACUCCAGUGUACCAGACUGACAGCAGCAGUGGAACUGGAGCCGGAUACACAAUCAGUGCUGCUGCUCUGUCCCACAGUGGAGAGUACUGGUGUCGAGCUGGACGGGGGAGCAAUCCGUUUUACUCAGAAUACAGCAAUGCUGUCAAGAUACAAGUAUCAGAACGACCCCAGGCUGUCCUGACCCAGGAGCCUGCAUGGACACAGAUAUACGAAUCAGAGAGAGUUACACUGAGAUGUGAGGUUCAGGGGGAUUACACUGACUGGAGAUUCACAUGGUACAAAGCUGGGAGGAAUGCUCCAGUAACCCAGGAUUACUACAGCAGGAUAGCUCGUGACAGAUACACAAUUAGCUCUGCUGCUCAAUACCACAGUGGGGAAUAUACCUGUCAAGGUGUAAGGACAGGUAACCCAUCGUACUCUACAAUCAGCAAUAGUCUUACACUGAGAGUAUCAGCUGGCAAGCCAAAGCCUGUCCUGACCCGGGAGCCUGCAGGAGAGAUAUUUGAAGGAGACACAGUGACUCUGAGCUGUGUGGUUGAGGGGGGCUCUGAUGGCUGGAGAUAUCUCUGGUACAAAGACAGUCUGAGAACUUCAGCACCCCAGACUGACAGCAGCAGUGGAACUGGAGCCAGAUACACAAUCAGUGCUGCUGCUCUGUCCCACAGUGGAGAGUACUGCUGUCGAGCUGGAAGGGGGAGCAAACCGUUUAACUCAGACUACAGCAAAGGUGUGAAGAUAAAAGUUUCAGGGCUACCCCAGACUACACUCACCCUGGAGCCUCCAUUCCCAGAGAUAUGCACUGGGGAGACAGUCACUCUGAGGUGUGGGGUUAAGGGAGGUUCUGCUGGCUGGAAAUAUCUCUGGUACAAAGACAGUGAGGACACUCCAGUGCUCCAGACUGCUGUCCGCAGUAUAACUGGUGACAGCUACACAAUCACUGCAGCUGCUGUAUCUGACCAGGGCCAGUACUGCUGUCGAGGACAAAGAGGAGAUCAGCCACUCUACUCACAGCUCAGUGAUAAAGUAAUAUUAACUGUGUCUGAGGUUCGUCCCAAGGCUGUCCUGACCCUGCAGCCUGCCUGGGCACAGAUAUUCACAGGAGAGACAGUCACCCUGAGGUGUGAGGUGGAGGGGUGCUCUGCUGGCUGGAGGUUUAAACAGUACAGAGAUGGACGUGAAGAGGCAUGGUGCAGUGAUCAAUACAGCAGGAGAGAUGGGCACAGCUGUACAAUCAGUAACGCUCAGAAUUCCCACAGUGGAGUGUACUGGUGUGAGUCUGGACAGGAGCGCAGUAAUGCUGUCAACCUAGCUGUGUCCAAUGAGCGAGUGAUCCUGCAGACUCCCCCCCAGCCUGUGUUUGAGGGAGAUGCUCUGACUCUGAAGUGUCGUGACCGCUAUAAUUAUCAUAUUACCACGGUUGCAUUUUAUAAAGAUAAUAAAGAGUUACAGUCCCAGGCUGACACAGAGCUGAGUGCGAAUCGUGUUUCAAAGAGUGAUGAGGGGUCCUACAAGUGCAGAGCGUGGUGGUGGAGCACCUACCUGGGUGACUCUGCAGAGGUGCAGGUGUCAGUGAGAGAGCUGUUCUCCAGGGUGACUCUGACAGCUUCUCCAGGAGCCACAGUGAAGGAGGGAGGGGCUCUUAACCUGACCUGUGAGGCAGCAGUGAACAAAACCCCCCGCCCUCAACUCCACUACACCAUUGUGAGAGACGGGGAUCCUGUGACUAACAGCACUGACUCUGCACUGUACAGCAUAGCCAGCACUGAGAAGAGCCACACUGGGAGCUACACGUGUGCUGUGGAGUCACAGGGAGUGAGGAAGAGCAGCCAGGAGCUACACAUUGAAGUGCAAAAGUCCUGGUUGUGGAUCAUUGGACCUCUCAGUGGCUCGCUUGUUUUGAUAAUUCUUAUUGUGGUCACAAUAUUGCUGUUCUACCGAUACAAGACCAAAGGUUUUCUGUUCAUUGCUGCCAAAUCAAGGAGCCCUGCAGAUCAGACUCCUGCACAGCUCUCGAGGGGAAUGGAGCUGUCUGGAUUUGGACAACAGCCUGGUAACUCCACAGCAUCCAACCUAGAGAGUGUAUACACAGAAGUGAAGCCGUAUCAACAGAACAAAGCUGUGCAUGUCACUGACACCCCCUCAACAUCAAAUGGUGAUGACAUCCUUUACUCUGUGAUUGACUUAAAGAACACAAAACCAGCUAAACCCAGAUCAAAACAAGACUGUGACGUCCUGUACUCUACUGUCCUUGUCAAGAAACCAGAAGAUAACCCCAGUGCUGCAGACAACAGUGACGUCCUUUAUUCAGAGCUCGACAUGAAGAAUGUGAACAAGAAGAAGAAGAAGGGUAAAACCCUGGCAGGUAACCAACCUGAGGUUUUGUACUCUGAGAUCAACCAAGCAAAGCCCUCAGGCAAACCAGCAGCAGAUAAUGCAGAGCCCAUGUAUGCCGCAGUCCUCCCAAAGAAGAAAAGGAAGUAAAGGAUGAGGGUCCCCAGGGAUGAGAGCCAGCCUGAAUCCAGAGACACUGAGAAGGAGUGCAUGUCAGAGAUCACAGUCCCUCCUGAACUUAGAGAAGAUCCCUGGGAUUCAGGCCUGUUCCUGGCUACUGAAUUGGUUUGUUGAUUUAGGACAGAGUUACUGGGCCAUUCUACAGAUAAGAAAAACAUUGUGCUUUUACUCUACAAACACAUUAUAUUUGUUAACAACAAUACAUACAAAUUAUAUAGGUAUUAUAAACACAGUUGUCAGUAAUAUUUUGGAACAUUUAAUUGAAGCUUUAAAUAUAAUUAACAUAAUAAUAUAUAAAUGCAUAUGAUACAAGACAUGCAUACGGUAUAUACAGUGCUGCCCUUUAUAAUACUGUAGUUGGGAGCCACAAUUUGUGUUCCGCCUUAUAGCCAGAGCACAGGUAGUACUGUAAUGGCAUUAUGGGGCAAAUAGGAGCCACGACCAUACCACUUUAUAACCUGUUCCGUGGUGUACCACAGAAUAACUAUAACAACCAUCUUAUAGUGAGGGAGCACAGUGUUAUUUAAAAUAGUCAUGGCAAAGAAAAUAAUAACAAUAACUAAAUAUAGAUGUAUUUAUUUUUCAAAUAGGGUGAUAUUUUGUUCUGCAUCUAUUGAAUGGCCCAGCUAACCUUGUGGUCCAGUGUAAAAACAAGAUAUAAAAAAAACAACUUGGAGCUCUUAAUAUAACAAUUGACUUUUUUUUUCUUUGUUUUUGUUGUUUUUAAAUAUAUUUUGUGUAAAAAAACAAUCUUUGAACUGGAGAAAAUGUUCAGUGUAUGUUGUUGAAUUUGUUUUAUUUGCUUUGCUGACUUGGAUCUGUACAUUUCCAAGUGUAUAAACUGCUGCAGGCAAUCCGGGUUGCAAUGAAAUAUAAUAGUAACAAGGCAAAUAGGAUAUACACACCUUAUACAAGUUUAGAUUAUCCAAACCCACAUAGGAUAUAUUUAAGUGAUAAGUACAGGAACCAUCAAGUAAAAGUGACUGUAAAACUAAAAGAAAGCAAAGCAGAUAGACAAACAUUUCAGAUGAUGCCUUUCAGUGUUGUAAAGCAUUAGCCAUGUCUGAUCCACAUGACGACAUCACAGAACUGUUGUUACGACUUUCCUUUUGGUGUGAUGAUGUUCCCCUCUAGAUAGAUCCUGUUUGCUUGUUCUUUUGGUGUGAUGAUGUUCCCCUCUAGAUAUAUCCUGUUUGCUUGUUCUUUUGGUGUGAUGAUGUUCCCCUCUAGAUAUAUCCUGUUUGCUUGUUCUUUUGGUGUGAUGAUGUUCCCCUCUAGAUAUAUCCUGUUUGCUUGUUCUUUUGGUGUGAUGAUGUUCCCCUCUAGAUAUAUCCUGUUUGCUUGUUCUUUUGGUGUGAUGAUGUUCCCCUCUAGAUAUAUCCUGUUUGCUUGUUCUUUUGGUGUGAUGAUGUUCCCCUCUAGAUAUAUCCUGUUUGCUUGUUCUUUUGGUGUGAUGAUGUUCCUCUCUAGAUAUAUCCUGUUUGCUUGUUCUUUUGGUGUGAUGAUGUUCCCCUCUAGAUAGAUCCUGUUUGCUUGUUCUUUUGGUGUGAUGAUGUUCCCCUCUAGAUAGAUCCUGUUUGCUUGUUCUUUUGGUGUGAUGAUGUUCCCCUCUAGAUAUAUCCUGUUUGCUUGUUCUUUUGGUGUGAUGAUGUUAUCCUCUAGAUAGAUCCUGUUUGCUUGUUCUUUUGGUGUGAUGAUGUUCCCCUCUAGAUAGAUCCUGUUUGCUUGUUCUUUUGGUGUGAUGAUGUUGCCCUCUAGAUAGAUCCUGUUUGCUUGUUCUUUUGGUGUGAUGAUGUUGCCCUCUAGAUAGAUCCUGUUUGCUUGUUCUUUUGGUGUGAUGAUGUUCCCCUCUAGAUAUAUCCUGUUUGCUUGUUCUUUUGGUGUGAUGAUGUUAUCCUCUAGAUAGAUCCUGUUUGCUUGUUCUUUUGGUGUGAUGAUGUUCCCCUCUAGAUAGAUCCUGUUUGCUUGUUCUUUUGGUGUGAUGAUGUUGCCCUCUAGAUAGAUCCUGUUUGCUUGUUCUUUUGGUGUGAUGAUGUUGCCCUCUAGAUAUAUCCUGUUUGCUUGUUCUUUUGGUGUGAUGAUGUUCCCCUCUAGAUAGAUCCUGUUUGCUUGUUCUUUUGGUGUGAUGAUGUUCCCCUCUAGAUAGAUCCUGUUUGCUUGUUCUUUUGGUGUGAUGAUGUUCCCCUCUAGAUAUAUCCUGUUUGCUUGUUCUUUUGGUGUGAUGAUGGUCUCCUCUAGAUAUAUCCUGUUUGCUUGUUCUUUUGGUGUGAUGUUCCCCUCUAGAUAUAUCCUGUUUGCUUGUUCUUUUGGUGUGAUGAUGUUCCCCUCUAGAUAUAUCCUGUUUGCUUGUUGUCUUCUCCUUUACAGUACUAGAGUGUUAUAUUCAUUCCGGAUUUCAGUCUCCCAUAAUCCCUUGAGUGUUGUUAAUAAACAUCACAACAACUUCUGUGCAGGGACCAAAAAGCUCCAGUGAAAUGAAAUAAGGGUUAGUUGUGUGAAACAGCUUGAUUUUGCUCUGACUAAACUAGGGAGAGGCGAUGCUCAGGGAAUAGUUUUACCAUAAACUGGGCUUCAAUUCAACAGCAAACCCGGGGAGAGUCUUGUGUCUAGUGUAAAGUUUAAAAAUGUUGGUCCACAAAUUUGUCUCUCUCAGCAUUUACUAUAGUUAUUACAGUGGGGAACAAAACAGUCGCCUCCACUGGAUUUGUAUAUCCAGCCUCUCGCUCAGGGAGAGUUCUGUAAUUACUCCAAAGGUAUCAAGCUGGUACCUGGCCACGUGUAAGGCAUUGUGGGCAACUGUGAAAACGUUUACGUUCAGAUGAUCAAUCAAACCUUAAACUGUCUUUAAGGUUUAUUUCAAAAGAGUUUAUUUGAAAAGAAAAAUAGAUACCUGCUCUGUAACUUCUUGAAGAAUAUUGAAUUGAUCUCAGAGUGUGAAUAUAUAGAGCAGCUAAACUACUGGAACAGUGCAGGUACAGAAUAUUCAGAUUAUCUCUGAUUGUGACUCUAGAGCAGCUAAACUACUGGAACAGUGCAGGUACAGAAUAUUCAAAUGAUCUCUGAUUGUGACUCUAUAGAGCAGCUAAACUACUGGAACAGUGCAGGUACAGAAUAUUCAGAUGAUCUCUGAUUGUGACUCUAUAGCAGCUAAACAACUGGAACAUUGUAGGCACGCUGUGUGUGCUAAUUUACUGUUAGUGGAGGGUUGGAGGGAUUGCGAGUAUUAUACUUU